GAGAGAGAGAGGGAGAAAAGAGAGCAAACUAACAAGAAAACAUAGAUAUAUACAAAAAAGAACUUACUUCGGAGAAGUAAUCGGUUAGACUGUUGUGUUGAUUAUUUUUGUGGUUUGUUUUCAAGAAAUAUAAUAAUCAACUUAACAUAUUCGUCGGGUCUUGUCAAAAUGCAAACACAAAUUUUUACGAUGUGUGGAAAACGUGCUGUAGAAAGAAUAUAACCGGUUUAUUAGUUCGAGCGAGAGAAAAGGGGAGAGAGUAAAUUGACUUUGAACGAGCAGUCUUUAACUAGAUCACGAACUGGCUUGACAACAUGACAGCACAAAUAAUGGAUCCAAUUUAUUUUCAAUCGAAUGGUGACCGAUUCUAUUACUAUCCUGAUUCGGAGGAACGAAGGGCGAUGCUGAAUCAGCAAAGAGAACUUUUUAAACCGUGGAGGCAAUUUAGCCCAAUUCAGAAACGUAAUAACAAUGGAACUUUCUAUCAAGAUCUCAACAAAGUGACAUCAGACAUUGCAGAAUCGGUUCGAAUGAUGAAAUAUUGGGCGAUGUACUUGCCUAAAAGACCUAUCAAUGGUCUUUUAAAGUCUCGAAAGAGAGUUCCAAGAUAUCACAGUCAACUUCCAACGAAUAAAGUCGUCUCUCGAUGUGAAGGUGUUCAUUUUUCCGAAGACCAAGUUACACCUCUGGAACCUAAUGAAGGCACAAAAAAGCCCUUUUACACAGCAACUUUAGAAAAGAAUAGUAUUCCUGAUCAUCUUCGACAGAAGGAGGUCUCUGUUUUAUGCCUUUACAAAGCAAGACGUUCAAAAUACUAUUUGGAACAAAGGAAAAAAGAAGAAGAGAUAAGAAAGAAUAGAAGACCUGUCUGGCAAACGGUUGAUUUCAAUGGAUUAAUUAAACUAAGAGACAAAGAUAAAUUUAAAUCUGCUUCUAAUUAUCUUCCAUCUAAAAAGGAUGAUCAAAAGAACAAAUCUCUUAGGUCAAAGAGUGUUGUCGAAGUAAGCCGAAAAACCUUUACUUUGCCACAGGAAGCCUCCAUUCAAAGACACGAGAAAGGCGAACUUCUGAAAGGUAGUAAAACAAUUAGAUCAAGUCCGAGACCUCAAUCGAAAGGAUCUCGUGAACAAUCUCCAGUUUUAUCAUUCUUCAACAAAAACAUCCAAUCAAUUCCUAUAAUCGAAAAAUCGAAGAGCUUUCACAAGCUAAUACCAUCUCAAAAUUCUUUUACGGUACCCAAUCAAAGAAAACCUUACUUGAUUCAACCAUUAGAAAAAUCCAAAACUGAAUUACCGACAAUAAACUCAAAGAAAACGGUAGAAAAUAAUAACUCGGCUAAUAAUAACCAGUUUUCGGUUCAAAAACAAGGAACAUCUUCUUGUACAAAAUUGAAUUUAAGCUUGAAACCAUCAAAUUCAAAUCUGGAGAAGAAAAUUACUGAAAAUAUUGACAAAAAGCAAGGCGACGAAUUAUACAAUAAUUUUCAACAUGUCAAAUUUAAUAAAAAACAGAUAAAAGAGAAUAAAAAGCAUAAGAAAUCAAAUAAUGAUAAAGAAAAAGAAUGA